CUGCGGCAUUAUUUGACUUUACGGAUGUUCUGGCCACACGCGUAAAGAAACGGGCUCCCUUUCUCAAAAGAGUUAAUGUCAAUUUCGGUAAUAGAUUGAAGAGAUGUUUGGCUAGCAAGAUGUGGCUUCUUUGACCAGAAGAACAGCGGACGUUGGGCGUGUGUUCGUUUGGUUCUUUCUUUCAGGUGUAAAGUAUGCGACUUCUCUUCGUGUUGGCCUCGCACUAACCCGUCAGCAGAAACAGCAGCUUUGCGGUCAUCAGCUGCUGCAGGGAAAAGUCCUUGCCAUGUCUUUAGUAGAGGAUAUUCUGGAUGUGCUGCGUAUGGUCCUGGAGUAUUUCGGUGUACCUCCAGAAAUGCUUAUACCUGUGUGGGACACUCAGCUGUGCGGGCAGUAUCGCAGCAUUGUGCGAAUGAUCGGGACAAAUCUCCCGCUGAAGCCCACUCCACGUGUCCAUUUUCAGAUCCCCCUGGUCAAUUAUAGGCCCCAUGGAUACAGUGAAGAUGCCGCCGACACACCCGCCAUUCCAACAUUUGCCGAUGUUAUGUGGGUGUCCGACUACGAGGGGGAGAGCUUUGCCAGAACCAGGAACCAUUUAGCUCCACAGAAGGAGAGCGCUACGAGCCAAGACUUGAUGAGGUACCCCAGACCAGCUCCGAGAGGAGGAGGGUCUGUGCGACAGAGGGCUCAUCCCGAAGCCCUGCAGAAGAUCACACAGCUGGAGAGUGAGCUGCUCAAGCUGCGGGCUCAGAUCGCCAUGAUCGUUACUGCAGCUCCCCCCUCAGCUCUGACUGAGACCCAGAGUGAUCCGCGUUCACCUUUAAUGUCCCCUGCUCCACACCCGGCUCUCACCUCCACACCUCGCCAUGCUGCUCCUCCCCCACCACCUCCUCCUCCUCCUCCUCCUCCCUGUCAAAGCUUCUCCAGCGAGAACUCGUCUGUGAUGGACUUGAUCAAGGAGCGUAGGAAUAACAACUCAGAUAAGGCUCAGCUUCAGCCCUCGGGGAUCAACGGAAAUGAGGAAAGCAAACAGAUUCCUUCGAUGCUGGACGUCCUGAGGGAUUUAAAUCAAGUCAAGCUGCGCUCAGUGCAGAGAUCACCAGGAGGCACUCCAGUCAGGAGGAGGAGCGGGAAGGGCGACGCUGCUUUGCUGAAUGACCCCGCAGCUCUGAUCGCUCGGGCACUAAAGAAGAAGUUCGCCCACCAUCGUCACAACACCUCCUCCGACAAAGAGAAUUCGCUGGAGCUCUCUCCGUUUGGCAGUCCAGAUGCGCCUCGGGUUCCUCAUCACGGCAGACGCAGCCAAGGUCGUCACCAUUUAUUAACUGGUUAAACUCAAGACGCAUCACAUGAGACUUUUCACUAAAGAUGGACAAAUUUAACAGAUUUCUGCAGCAGCUACUGAUUACAAUGUUGUUUUAGCUUCUCUUAUUUUGGGGACGGUUCUGAUGAAAACUAUUUGUCUCUAAAUGUCUUUGUUUGUGUUAUACGUUGGCAUUGAGAACCUUCUUAAAACUGUUACUGUAAGCGGGGUUAAGGUACUCUUUAUAUUUUUGUACAAGGGAGUUUUAUUGUUUUUAAUCUGAACUGUGAAAAGGUGAUAAAAUAUUAAAGCAGGUAAGCUAAGGACUUCAGCUCUUAGCUGCCUGCUAUAGUAGUUACAGAAGCCAUCCGCUGAGGAAUAUCAUGGAGAUUAAUAUUCAGAGCUCUAUUCUAUGCAAGCUUUAAAGUCUUUUUUUUUUUGUUCAUUAAAAUUACAUUUGCACUGUUUUAUUUUAAUGUUUCCUCUUGCUCGUUUUUGUCUAAAGCCAGAAAAAAAUUGUAAAUGGUGUACAUUGCUGUGACCAAUGGCUUGUCGUCCCAAAGAGAUCCAUUUUUUUUCUGCAAACACUUAUUAUAUAAAAGUCACAAUA